AUGCCGAGGCUGGCGAGUGGAUGUAUUGCUCCGGUGGCCGCCGCACUGCCCUUGCUGAGAGGCUGCGGAUCGCAGAAGUUGCUGUUCAGCUCUUCGUCGGCCGCACGAGCCGACUUCACCCACGUGGUCGUCGGCGGCGGCGUCGUCGGCCUCGCCGUUGCCCGCCAACUCUCGCUCCGCCCAUCGGCCUCAACCCUGCUGCUCGAGCGCCACGCCGCCGUCGGCACCGAGACGAGCUCGCGGAACAGCGAGGUCAUCCACGCCGGCAUCUACUACGGACCAUCUAGUCUCAAGGCCCGCCUCUGUGUGCGUGGCAGAAAGCUGCUCUACGACUUUUGUGCCGCCCACGCCGUCGAGCACCGACGCACCGGCAAGUGGAUCGUCGCCCAGACGGAUGCGCAGCGCGAGGCCCUGGCCAGCAUCGAGCGUCUGUGCCGUGAGGAACUCGACGUGCCGGUCCGCUGGGUGACCGCAGAGGAGGUCGCCGUGCGCGGCGAGGGCGUGCAAGCCGACAAGGGUGCGCUCGAGAGCCCAACCACGGGUAUCGUAGAUGCCCACGGUUUGAUGAUGGCCCUGCUCGGCCUCUUGGAGGAGGCUGGCGGCAUCGUUGCCCUCAAUUCUACCGUCACAGGUAUCGUGCCCCUUGGUGCCUCACCUCCAGGCAGCUCCGGCUGGGAAAUCACCGUCCGCGACGCCGAGACGGGGGGGUCCUCGACCAUCACCACGGAGACUCUCAUCAACGCGGCCGGCCUCGGCGCCGUGACGGUGCACAACAUGAUCGUGCCCCCCGAGAGGCGGAAGCGGCUCUAUUUCGCAAAGGGAAACUACUUCUCGUAUGCCUCCUCACACCCGCGUCUCACCCGGCUGAUCUACCCGGCCCCCGAACCUGGCGCUGCCGGCCUCGGCACCCACCUCACCCUCGACCUGGCUGGCCGCAUCCGUUUCGGCCCCGACGUUGAGUGGGUAGACGGACCGGACGAUCUGGCCGUCAACCCUGCGCGGCUGCCGCAAGCCGUCGCCGAAAUCCAAAAGUACCUCCCCAGUGUCGACGAGAACUGCCUGAUGCCCGACUACGCCGGCAUCCGACCCAAGCUGGGGGGCAUGGGCUCCGUAGGCUCUGCCAAGGGCUUUCAUGACUUCACCAUCCGGAACGAGGACGGCUAUGCCGGUUGGGUGAACCUCUUGGGCAUCGAGAGUCCUGGCUUGACCAGUUCCCUAGCCAUUGCCGAGGAGGUGGAGCGUCUCCUUCACGGGAGCAUCAGCCCGUGA